GUGACAUAAAAUAUAGUAGGUUAUAAAUCACAUGAAUUAAUGAGAGAAGAGAAACGAUAAAUAAAUUGAUAAAAUACUGUAAUUCGUCAUGUUCUGACAUCAUAGUAUUAUAAUUAUACAUUUUUAUUGUUUUGAUGUUUUUUCUGGUUAUAUAAUACUCAAAAAAAAUUAUCAGUUGUUAGUUCGACAUCACAACUCUUUAAAAUGACGGAGCAAAAAGUGAAAGCUCUACCUGAAACAUUAACAAAGUUGUUUGGAUAUAUAGACGCUCAUAAGGUAGAAUAUAUUGAUAAUCUGCGAGAGGCAGUUGCUAUAAAAUCUGUCUCUGCAUGGCCAGAUCAUAGAAAUGAAAUAAUUAAUAUGGUAAAAUGGAUGGAAGAGAAAUUAAAAGAACUUGGUGCUACUACGGAAUUAGCAGAUAUAGGAGUACAAAAAUUGCCAAAUGAUAUUGAAAUUCCACUUCCACCUGUACUCUUGGGUAAUCUUGGUUCCAAUCCUAAAAAGAAAACUGUACUUUUAUAUGGACAUUUAGAUGUCCAGCCAGCGCUUAAAGAAGAUGGAUGGGAUACUGAGCCUUUUGUCCUUACCGAAAAAAAUGAUAAACUUUAUGGACGUGGUAGUACGGAUGAUAAAGGACCAGUUUUGUGUUGGCUUCAUGCACUUCAAGCUUAUAAAGCCAUCGGUGAAGACAUUCCAGUUAACAUAAAGUUUGUAUUCGAAGGUAUGGAAGAAAGUGGGAGCGAAGGAUUGGAUGAAUUACUUUGGAACCGUAAGAAUACUUUCUUAAAAGGAACGGAUUACGUUUGCAUAUCUGAUAACUAUUGGUUGGGUACUACAAAACCUUGUAUUACAUAUGGAUUAAGAGGAAUUUGUUAUUUUCAAAUUGAGGUAACAUGUGCGAGCAAAGAUUUGCACAGUGGUACAUUUGGUGGUAUUGUACAUGAAGCAAUGGCAGAUCUCAUUUAUUUGAUGAAUACCUUGGUAGACGUCAAUGGGAAAAUAUUGAUAAAUGAAAUUUACGAUAACGUUGCUCCUAUUACUGUUCAAGAAUUAAAUAGUUAUGAAACUAUUGAUUUCGACGUGAAUGAACUUCGCGAUUCUUGUGGAGCAGUUACAUUACCUCAUAACGAGGACAAGAUUCAACUUUUGAUGCACCGUUGGAGACAGCCAAGUUUAUCCCUUCAUGGAAUUGAAGGUGCUUUCAGCGAACCUGGUGCAAAAACUGUUAUUCCAAGAAAAGUUAUUGGAAAAUUUUCUAUUAGAUUGGUACCAAACAUGACGCCAGAGCUAACUGUUGCAAAAGUAACUAAAUAUUUGAAAGCAAAAUGGGAAGCUAGAAAAAGUCCAAAUAAAUUUAACGUUAUUAUGAAUCAUGGAGGCAAACCAUGGUCAGAAAAUCCUGAACAUCCGAAUUAUAUAGCCGGACGAAAUGCUACCAAACACGUUUAUAAUGUCGAGCCUGAUCUUUCUCGCGAGGGUGGAUCUAUUCCGGUUACUCUUACAUUCCAAGAGGCCACGGGUAAAAAUGUUUUGCUCUUACCUGUUGGAGCUGGCGAUGAUGGAGCUCAUUCUCAAAAUGAGAAGUUAAAUAUAUAUAAUUACAUUCAAGGGAUACAUUGGAUUAUACCACUCAUACAAAGAAUGAUAUAAUCCAAACUUGAUGUCGGUGGAUGAUCUUAUUGCUGCUGCCAAUUCACCUAUGGUCCAAAUAAAAAUCAAUUGGAAUUUAAUUCAUAUACAAAUAAACGUGGUUAGUACCUAUCAGAUUUUUCUGUGGUCCUACGUCCAUGGAAUUCCAACUGAAGGAAUAUUUCGAUGGCCACAAUGUAUAUCCUUCGUGAUGUUUACUAGUUAAUACAACAUAUUUUGCGCCAGAAGCUUGAAAUAUUUCGCUCCAUUGAGAUGCAUUAAAAAAUUCUGCAGUAAAGUCACGUGCAAAAUCUUGAUAAGUGUAAUUAGGAGGGUACCGAUCCUUCAUGAAAUCAUGAUAUUUAGUACCGGUUUCUUCUACAAUAACAAAGACAAAUUUAUAUAUAACAUAUGUUUGAUCAUUUUGUUGUUGUUAACAAGCAAACGUAUUAUACCUUUCCAAUUAUUCCAAAACCAUUCGGAACCAAAACUGGGAACGCUGAAUACUCCCCAAUGAAUAAAUAUACCAAAUUUGGCAUUGUCGUACCAACCAGGAAGUGGCCUUGCAUCUAAACUCUCCCAGGUAGGAUCGUAUUUGAAUUGAUUUAAAUUGCGAUUUGAUAAUAAAUCAUGUUCUCUCUUAUUAUCAGCUUUUAUCACGAAAUAAUGAUCUUCUGAAGAUCCACAUUGAACAAGAAUGUUCCACAAAAGUGUAAUAUAAAGAAAAAAUGUUAGAACUUGCAUGAUAAUAUAUAUGUAUAUUUUUAAAGAAUAAUAUUCCUACUGAUUUUUUUUUAUAUAUA